AUGUAUGAAGAAAUACCAAGUGUUGUACAUCUAGCAUUGCAUCUUCCAGGAAUACAUAGAAUUAUCUUCAAUUCAACUAUUAAUGAUGCUACUGAUAUUCUUAUUUGUGCUGAUCAACAAAAAACAACUCUCACAGCUUUUUUUGAAACCUGUACAACCCUUGAAAUAGCUCAUCAAUACACUUACCAAGAAUUUCUCCAAUAUUUUGUUUGGAAUAAAAAUAACAAAAAAUGGACAUUACGAAAGAAUAAGUUUGCAAUUAGCAGAUUAUAUUUUGCUGAUCUAUCUGCUGGAGAACGUUACUACCUUUGGCUUUUACUCACUAUUGUUCGUAGUCCACAAUCAUUUGAACAUUUAAAAACAGUCAAUAGUGUUCUUCAUUCAACAUUUAAAGAUGCAUGUAUUGCUUUAGGACUAUUGGAAGAUGAUAGCAAGUGGAUUUACUGCCUAGAUGAAGCUGUAGUAAUGCGUAGUGGUUCUCAACUUAGAUCACUUUUUGCUAUGCAUUUUCAUGCUAAUAUUUGUAAUGAUCUUCAAUAUCGUCUAAAUAAUGAGUAUAAUAUUUGUGAACCUACAGAAGACCAAAUAUAUGAUUUUGGACUAUUUCUUCUUGAUAAAAUCUUAUGUAAUAUUUUUAUUUAUGAACAAUUAAAUUGGAACUACAAUAAACUUCAAAAUAUAGCAAACGAAUGCAUUGCUCUAUUAAAUUAUAAACAACACAUUGCAUAUCAAGAUAUUCUUAAUUCUAUUGGUAAUAGAACUAAUAUAUCUGAAUCAGAUAAUAUGAUUAGUAUUUCAGAAAACAUGUUAGUUGGUCCUGACUUAAGAUCUCUUAUUGAUACAACUUAUUAUGACAUCUUUAUUGAAAAUACAUGCACUGAUCAAUAUCUAAGAGACUGGAUAAUACUCUCAUCUCGCAAUAAUGAUGUCGAAUACAUCAAUUCUACUAUACUUGACAUAUUUCCAGGAAACAAAUGA